AUGCCCGCUCAACUAAACGGGUCCAUGACUGCCAGCAUCCCCAUCCGAAUACCCGGCGACCAGCCUCAACCUCAACAUCAACCUCAAACUGGUGUUUUUUACAAGCAGCAUAAGCACUCAAGAUCGUCUUACUCCGAUUCUUCUCCGCUUGCAAAUUCCAGAAAUAACUCUCUAACCUUCCGUCCUUAUAAGAGGCUCAUGUCAAACCCCGACAAGACAAUCGCUGUCAUCAACGCCAGCGGGCGACAGGCUGCGUCUUUCAUUCGCGUCGCCACUGCCGUUGGUUACCAUGUUCGCGCUCAGCUGAGAAAUCUCGACGGCGUGAUCGCUACUGAAGUCUCCGAGAAUCCUAAUGUGACCGUUCUUGUUGGUGAGCUGUAUACGAGACACCAGCCCUCAGAAGCAAAUCGCGAUGUCACCAAGCAUGGCCCUCUGACUGGUGUUGGUGUCAACUAUGACCUGAUCGCAAAUCUUUUCCGCGGUGCUCAACUCGCCUUCAUUAAUACAACCUUUUACGGCGACGAGAUUCAGAUUGGAAAAGCCCUCGCCGAUGCCGCCAAGCGCGCAGGUAUUCAACACUACGUCUACUCAUCCAUGCCCGAUCAUGCUGCUUAUGACACCAAAUGGCCCUCGUUGCCUCUUUGGGCCGCCAAGCAUGAAGUUGAGCAGUAUGUGCGCAAGCUGAGAAUGCCCGCCACCUUUGUUUAUACUGGCAUCUACAACAACAAUUUCACCUCUCUCCAGUACCCUCUCUUCUGUAUGGAACUGCAAAAGGAUGGCUCUUUCAGAUGGCAAGCACCUUUCCACCCUGAUGCAAAGCUUCCUUGGUUAGACGCCGAGCACGAUGUUGGUCCUGCAGUUCUCCAGAUUUUCAAAGAUGGUCCCAGCAAGUGGAAUGGAGAGCGUAUCGCACUAGCAUACGAGUAUUUGACCCCCAAGGAAGUGUGCCGUCUUUUCUCCAAAGGAGUUGGUCGACCUGUGCGCUAUGUGCACGGUCCCAUCGAGGUCAAGGUCCGCAUCCCCGAGGGCUAUCGGGAACAGCUCGUCGCUUUGGAGCAACUCUAUGACCCCAAUCGAAAGGAUCCCCGAAAGCAACCACCCUACUUUGGAGACCCCAAGGUUGAGCUUAGCUGCCCGAGUGAAGCUCUGGAGCUAUGGGAGGGCCCUCGAGGCAUCGAAGAGUACGCCAGAGAAAUGUUUCCCAUAGAAGAGGAAGCCAACGGCCUCACAUGGAUGCUGGAAGAUGAUUCGAGCGACGACGACGAGGAGGUGCAUCAUGCAGCACACUCCGUUGAGCAACUGAGAAUCCAAGAUGGAGACGAUGAUAGCGACGACGAUAAUGACGAUGGUCUUGUGAUAAAAGGUCGCAAGCGGGACGAAGAGGAGUGGUUAGCAUAA